AUGUAUUCGUUCUUUCGUUCCUUCGCUGCCCUGGUGGCGGCCGGCAGUUUCCUCCAACCAUGCCUCGCCCAAACCACCACGCCAGAGAAAUACACAGACCCAGACACCGGCAUCAUCUUCGACACAUGGACCGUGGAGAAAACCUCCUCCGUCGCGGGCCUUACAUUCGGUGUCGCCCUGCCUGAAGACGCCCUGACGACCGAUGCGACGGAGUUUAUUGGAUACAUUUCCUGCUCCUCCUCCUCCACAGCCAGCGCAACAGGCUGGUGCGGUCUCUCCCUCGGCGGCUCCAUGAACAGCAACCUUCUCCUCCUCGCGUACCCGCAAGACGACCAAGUCCUAACCUCAUUCCGGUUCAGCUCCGGCUACGCCAUGCCAGAGGUCUACGCCGGCGAAGCCACACUAACCCAGAUCUCGUCGUCCGUGGAAGCCGACAGCUUCAGCGUGCUGUUCCGGUGCGAGGGGUGUCUGGCGUGGGACCACGAGGGGGUGACAGGCAACGCGACGACUUCGAAUGGAAGGCUGAUUCUGGGGUGGGCGCAGGGGCAGGAUAGCCCGACUGAUGCGGCUUGUCCGGAUGAUCUGAGUGUGGUGCAGCAUGAGGGGCAGGGGAUUUGGGUUGGUACGCUGGAUGAGAAUGCCGCGUCGAGUGAGUAUGAGACUUGGGCGGAGCUGGCGACUGAGGAAGUUACUGGGGAUUGUGAUGGGGGUGGUGGUGGUGGUGGAGGUGGUGGUGAUGUAGUUGGCACGCCUGUUCCCGAUGGUGCGAGCUACGAGUAUAUCAUUGUUGGGUCAGGCCCGGCUGGUAUGGUUCUUGCGGACCGACUGAGUGCGACUGGAGCAAAGACGCUGCUGAUUGAGAAGGGGCCGCCUAGUAUUGGGCUAUGGGGUGGCGAUUUGAAGCCGGACUGGUUGAAUGAGACGGAUCUGACGCGGUUUGAUGUGCCCGGUCUGUGCAACCAGAUCUGGGUGGACAGUGCAGGCAUUGCGUGUCCCGAUAACGACCAGAUGGCGGGAUGUGUUGUUGGUGGAGGCACUGCUGUCAACUCAGGGCUGUGGUGGAAGCCGUACUCGAAGGACUUUGACGAGGGCUUCCCUGAGGGAUGGAAGUACGACGAUGUCUCGGGCAGUGUGGCCAAGGUGUUUGACCGGAUCCCUGGCACGAUCACUCCCAGCACGGAUUCGAAGCUGUAUCUGCAGGAAGGCCCCAGUGUUAUCAUGAACGGGCUGCUGGCGAACGGGUGGGAGAUGUCCAGCUUCAACGAUGCGCCCGAGCAGAAGUACCGCAGUGUUGGAUACAGUCCGUAUAUGUUCAGCAAUGGCCAGCGCAAUGGGCCCAUGGCGACGUACCUGGUGUCUGCGAACGAGCGCAACAACUUCGACAUGUGGAUCAACACGACUGUGCGCAGGGUUGUCAGAGACCAGGGCACUGCUACUGGCGUCGAGCUCCAGCCAUUCCUUGACGGGGGGUACGAGGGUACUCUGAACCUGACGACUGGUGGCAAGGUCAUUCUGAGCGCCGGAGCAUUUGGCACUCCCAAGAUUCUGUUCAGGAGUGGAAUCGGACCCGAGGACCAGCUCAGCGUCGUCAACAACUCCAAGACCGACGGAGACACCAUGAUUGCUGAGUCCCAGUGGAUCAACCUCCCUGUCGGAGAGAACCUGAUGGACCACCCUAACACUGAGGUUGUCGUGCAACAUCCCGAUAUCGUCUUCUACGACUUCUACGGCGCCUGGGACGACCCUGUCGAGGCCGACAAGCAGAGCUACAUAUCGAACCGAACUGGCCCUCUGGCCCAGGCCGCACCAAACGUCAAUCCUGUCUUCUUCGACCAGGUCACCGGCCCCGACGGCGUGACCCGCCAGCUGCAAUACCAGGCCCGAGUAGAAGGCAGCCAUAACAUCGAAGACGGCCACACCAUGUCCAUUACGCAAUACGUCGGCCGCGGCCAGACCUCCCGCGGCAAGGUCACCAUCAACAGCGGCCUCAACACCGUCGUCAGCACGCUCCCCUGGCUGCGCGACGAGAACGACACCGACGCCGUGAUCCAGGGUCUGGAGCGCCUGCGUGACUCUCUGAGCAAUGUCACCGGCUUGACCUGGGCCUUCCCGACCAAGAACGUCACCAUUACCGAUUUCGUGAACAGUCUCCCUGCGACGGGGCGCGGUAGUAACCACUGGAUGGGAUCGUGCAAGAUGGGCUCUGACGACGGCCGCGACGGUGGGUCUGCUGUCGUGGAUCUCGACACUAAGGUAUAUGGCACGGAGAACCUGUUUGUGGUGGAUGCGAGCAUCUUCCCUGGGAUGGUCAGCACCAACCCCUCGGCUUAUAUUGCGACUGUGGCGGAGACUGCGGCGGAGAGGAUUCUGGCUUUGUAA